UUACCCUUAGCAACUGAUAACCCUAACCGCGAAAACAAAAGGCCCCUACUUUAUACAUGUGCAACCUUUCUGGGAUCAAAUGAAAUAAAACUCAAAUUCAAUGUUUUGAAGGCAUUCAAUUCCUUAUAUCAAUCAGAAAUUUCAAUCUAGUGUUUUCUUCAAUGGCUUCGUCCAAGAGAAAUCACAAGGAGAAGAUAAUUCGUCGCAAAGAGGAGAAGGUUGAAGCGCCAGAAGAACCGAAAUAUCGAGAUCGAGCUAAGGAGCGUAGAGAAGAUCAGAAUCCCGAUUAUGAAUCUACAGAACUGGGCUCUUUUCAUGCAGUAGCUCCUCCUGGGACUGUUGAUAUCCGGGCUGCUGAAGCACACAAGAUAUCCAUCGAAAAAAGCAAGUACCUUGGGGGUGAUGUGGAGCACACACAUUUGGUUAAAGGCUUGGAUUAUGCUUUGCUUCACAAGGUGAGAAGUGAGAUUGACAAGAAGCCAGAUGUGGGAGAUGAUGAUGAUGGAAAGUCAAGAGCUUCCAAGGAAGACCAGCCGGUGUCAUUUCGCACUGCAACUGCAAAGUCUGUGUAUCAAUGGAUUGUCAAGCCCCAAACGGUCAUCAAGUCAAAUGAGAUGUUCCUCCCUGGUCGAAUGGCUUUUAUUUUUAACAUGAAUACUGAUCCUGAGAAUAGCCAUUCCCAUGAUAUCCCAACCACUCUACAUAGAAGUAAAGCUGAUUGCCCAGUCCCAGAGGAAAUGGUUACCGUCAGUGUUGAUGGUUCUGUGCUGGAUCGAAUUGCUAAAAUUAUGUCAUAUCUUCGCCUUGGAUCAUCGGGAAAGGUUCUCAAAAAGAAGAAGAAAGAAAGAGAUGUGAAGGGGAAGAUAUCAGCCAUUGCCAAUGAAUAUGAUGAAGAUGAAAAGGUGUCAAAGCCUAAUGGUGGAAUGUCAAUGAAUCAAAUCGAUAGAGAAGUUCUCCCACCACCUCCCCCGCCUCCCAGAAAGAGUCAUCCUGAUUCAAAAGAGAAGCAAGGACCAGUUGUUGCUCGAACUGAUGAGGACGACAUAUUUGUGGGAGAGGGCAUUGAUUAUGAUAUUCCCAGUAAAGAUAUGAGCCAAAGCCCUAUCUCAGAGGACAUGGAAGAAUCCCCUCGAAAUAAGGAUAAAAUUCCCUAUUUCAGUGAACCUGUUUAUGGUCCAGUUCCCCCUUCCGAGCCCACCCAUGAUUGGCAACAAAUGAAUGGAUAUGAUGCUAUGCAAGCACAAGCACUAGUGGGCGGCUAUCAGGGAGAGUGGCAGGACUAUCAAUAUGCCGAGCAGCUGGCUUAUUCUGAACAAUACCUUCAGCAGAACAUGGAGGCUUAUGAUGUACAAACAGCUUUGAACAUGCAACAGGACCCACGCUUCAUGACUCAAGAAGAGAAGGAUCGGGGUUUAGGGUCAGUGUUCAAGCGGGAUGAUUCGAGGCUCCAACAACUGAGGGAGAAAGAUGCUCGUGAGAAGGAUCCUAAUUUCAUAUCUGAGAGUUAUUCUGAAUGCUAUCCUGGGUAUCAAGAAUAUAACCGUGAGGUUGUGGACAGUGACGAUGAAGAUGAUUUAUCAAAAAUGGAUAUGGGUGGACGGGCAAAGGGCCGUCUUCAUCGGUGGGACUUUGAGACGGAGGAGGAAUGGGCGACAUACAAUGAGCAGAAGGAAGCAAUGCCAAAGGCUGCAUUCCAGUUUGGCGUGAAGAUGCAGGAUGGUCGUAAGACACGAAAGCAGAACAAAGACCAGAAGAUUACCAACGAGUUGCACAAGAUUAACAAGAUACUUGCCAGAAAGAAGAUGGAGAAGGGUGAAAUAAACGACGACGAUGGGUUGCAUGAUGAUGACUCGCAUCCCGGGAAGAAGCUUCGAAUAUGAAGUGAUUCUACUGUUAAUGUUAUAUUAUCAUUUUCGUGUACACAUUAAAAUUGACAAUUAGGCGUGCCAGAACAACAUUUGGUUAGGCAUUUUGUCAACCGUGAUUGUAGGCUUGGAGAAGGAUAAAGUUUGAUGUGAGUUCUUAGACUAAAGUGAUUAUCGACUCCCUAUUUUCUCUUUUGUA